AUGUUAAAGUCAACACAAUUUGCACUUUCAAGUAUGGCAAACAUUCAAAACCCAAGAGUUCUUCAACCAGUUCAAUUGGUUCUUCAUGGCAAUCAAUAUUUAAAAGAUUUAUCAUCAAAUUCUCUUAAAAAUGAUUUUGCAAAGAGAUCACUUGAAUCUUUUAAUAUAUCAUUAAAUGAACCAAAUACAAAUAGUAAUAGAGUUAUGAAUGCAAAGGAUUGGAUUCAUUCUCUUCAUAGUAAGGGUGCAUUAUCUUUAUCAUUAUCAAGAAGUUCAAAUAAAAAACAGAAUACACAUAACAAUAGUUUAUUAUAUUCAACUUGCACUCCAUUACAAACCCAAAAUACAGAAUCUGAAUUUGUCAUUGUCUCAAGUGAAAUCAGUAAAGCAUGGCAAUUUGGUAGGGAUGAAAAUAAUGAAUCUUUUCCAUUAUUAUCACCUUCAGCAAUUAAUAGUCCACAACAAAUGGAAGAGCAUUUAGUUUGGAGAAAAAUUAUGCUUGGUGAAAUUAGGGAAAGAAUUAGAGAAGCAGUUGAAAGAAUGCGUGAUUUUACAAUUUUAAAUUUCCAUAAGAUGGAAUUACCUGAACAACAGAAAAUUAACUUUUUAAAUCAACUUACAGAAGCAGAGAAAUUUUUACAUAUGGAUGUUAUGGUUACAACUCCUAAAGAUAUCGAAUUCUUAUUUAAUUAUUUAUCUCUUCCAUAUUCUCCAAAAAACUCACAAUCUAGAGUUGCUUUACAGAUUUUAAAUGCUGCAUUUAGUGCAUAUAUUUUUGAUAAAACCACAAAAAUUACAGAUCCAAAAUUAAAUGAAGACUUUAAAAAGCUUGUUAUAGAGUUGUAUGACUCUGUUUUAGAUUCUGUCAUUUGCUCCACCAACAACUAUAACUCAGAAUAUUAA